AUUAAAAUGUCCAACUUGACAGCAGAAAUAAACAUGUUUGCAGCCUGAUACAAAAAACAGUUUUGUUCUCUAUAGCUGUAUUUUAUGGCAGCUGUAUUGAGUGAUUUGUUCAAAUUAUAUAAAGGCUAAACUUUAUGCAUAAUUAACAGUUUGGACUAGUGUGUCCAUGAUGCCUGUAAGACAUCUUCCAGGGCUUUAUUCCCCUUUAAAAGACCCUCUUUAUGCGCAUGCGCUCUCUGGAAUAAUGAGCCGCUUUGGGUUUUAUUUUAUUUUUCUCUUCUUAUUAUAUAAAAGCCCGAGUUUGAUGCUUUUCUUGUGUUUCGCCAUUUAUGUUUACAUCCAUUACAGAACAAGAUGAAAGGACAAACACGAGAGGGGACAGAUUUGAUCUCUGUGUGGCGUCAGUCUGCAGUGAUGGACUGUGCUGUUCCCGUCGCGGAGGUCGUCCCCAAAAAACCAUCAUCAAAACACCGGAGAGGGUUACGUUACCGGGCAGAGAUAAGACGCAGGAGGUGUUUGAUAAGAGGCUGUUAUAAACACAGACACAGACAGGAUGUCUGCAAACAGCCUGCAUUUAACCACCGCAGGGAAGGAGACAGCUAAACAACCGUUCUUCUCUGACAACACGUAGCAGUGACUCUGCUAAGACUGAAUCCAUGGGUGUCUCACUGUCAGUUUGGCUGAUCAGCAGGGCGGAAAACAGCCGUCCCUCCUCUUCAUCAGUGUUCCCUCUGCUGGCUGUCCCAACCUCCUCUCGCCUCGCAGUCAUCCUGAACUCAUCUCCGGUCGCACCAGGAAACGGUCGCUCACACUGGAGCUCAGUCCACCGCUCGCCUCACUUCCUGCUGUCUUCCUGCCAUCAGGAAGUGACACGUUCACCUGUUGAGCGGAGCAGCGAUGGGGUGAGGGCGGAGAUGGGGGUGAAGAGCGGGCUUCAUGUCUGGGAGGUGUUGUGGAAGCCAAACCACAGAGGGAGUCACGCCGUCUUGGGCAUUUCCAGGCAGAGCUGCCCUCUGCAGGCCUCAGGGUACAACGUGCUGGUUGGUGGAGACUUGCAGUCCUGGGGCUGGGAGCUCAAAACCAAUCAGCUCUGGCAUGCUGGACAGAGUCUGGGACUUUACCCAAGAAAAAGGACAGGGUCUCACUCUGAGGCUGCAGAGGAUUUUAGGCCAAUGUCUUCCACUUCAACAAAGAUGGCACAGACACCUCUCCCCAUCCCUGAGAGCAUCCUGCUGGUCCUGGAUGCUGACGCAGGGACUCUGGGAUUCGUUGUUGAUGGCAGCUUCCUCGGUGUAGCUUUCAAAGACCUCCCUCGUGGAGUGGAGCUGUUCCCAGCAGUGAGCAGUGUGAGAGGAGGAGCCAGCAUACGACUACGAUACCUGAACGGUGCCACACGUGAUCCCCCCGCUCUGAUGGCUUUAUCUGGACUGACAAUCCGACAGUAUUUAGGGCAACAGAGGCACAAUCAAAUGCACAAACUGCCCCUGCCCCCUCGUCUCCAGCACUACCUGCUUUCAAAUCAAUAAUGUACACUUAUACUUGUACACACAUGCACAUAAUAGGAAACAUUUCGUCAAAUGUCCCUUUUAUAUGAAAAAUGAUUUACAAAAGUAUUUAUUAUUCAUCUUAUUUAUUGCAAUGUAAUAUAUAAAUGGUUUACUCUGCAGAGUAAAUCUGUGGGGGUUGUUGUUUUUCAUAUCUUUAACUGCCUGUUUUUGCCUUUGUGUAUAAAAUAAACUCCCACUUAAAUUUGACCUUGUUAUUAUUGAAUCACAUUCAGUAAAAAGGAAAUGAUGAGGUUCCCAUGAAACUUAUUAAUGAUGCCUUAAAUGCCAGGAUAUAGAUGCUUAUUUUGCUCAUUAAUAACUCCAAAAUAUAUAACAAGUUAUAAAAUGAAAAUGAUUUUAUUUUAUUUAUCAAUGAUAAGAAACUGCUUAAAUAUAGUUGUAUAUUUAAAUGAGCAUCUGUGUGGUCAGAUUAGAAGUAAAAAUGACUGGCUGAUAGCAGCUCACCUGCCUUAAUAUUAAUAUAAAUUGUAAUUAAAACAUUUAUCAUAUUUUUUUUCUUCUUCCCCAAGCAGUUUUUGAAGGUUGGAAGUAUACACUCAGUAAUGGAAAAUAUCUGUUAGGUAGCACUGCUUAAAAGUCCUGAUUUACUCAAGUACAAUACUUGCAAUAAGGUACUUGCAUUUUCAGUACUUAUAUAAAUAUUUUAACACAAGUCCUUAGCCUCUAAAAUAUGAUAUAUUAUUAUAAAUUAAACUAGCACUUAAAACUUGCUACAGCUUCAACCAGCUACAGUAUGAUAUUAAACUAUUCUGAUGUUUACUUUUCAUACUUUUCAUUCUGUACUUUGCUGACACUUCUGUACCUUUGAUUAAGUAACAUUUUGAAUGCAUGUGUACUUGUAAUGGAGGGUUUGUGGUAUGCUACUUUUAUUCAAGUGUUAAAAGCAUGCAAAUUUUUUAUUAUCCUUUUUUAAAAUAUAAGGUAUUUACAGUAAAACUUGAAGCAUACUGUCCUCUAGUUAAGUCAGAAGUGAAAAUAAAAACACAAAAGUCAACUUUUGUAA